UGCGAGGCAGCCAGUGUGUUUCGUGGCCUGCUGUGGCUCGAGGCCGUUGUGCUGGCGCUCAAGCCAAGCUGCUCUCUUCUCAGAGAUACAUCACGUAUGGCGCUCUUUGCUUUCGAAGCGGUUUGCAAAGACCCGCGCCUGUCAUGACUAGAUCCCGCAUUUAAAGGGAAAUAUUCGCCGCUUUUGCGCUUCACACUACCACCGAAACAAAAAGUCCUCUUUUCAUACCUGGGCCUUUUUCUUUCUUUCUUUAUUAUUUUAAACUCGGGCCUUGUGAAACAUUUCGAGGCGUUGAAACGUUCCCAGUUCCCCCAAAAUCACCAGUUUGUAGCUAGUUUGCCAGCGAAGGAUAUACACACCCCCUUUAAUUCAAAACUUUGGGGGAAGAAAUCUAGGGGAGUUUCCUCGUUUCAUUUACUGCGGCCACAUAUUCCUCACAUUGUUCGCCGUGGAAUAUGCCGAAAUGUUCAUUGAUCAGGAUUGUUCAGCGAACAGUUGACUUUGUAAUAAGACUUGAUUAAGUGUCGGUUACAUGGGCUUAUUGUGUGUUUGCACGCCGCUGUAGCCGCCGCAGUGAGGCGAUGGUGGCUCUGCUAUCAUGGCAGUAAUGGCUCGUUCUAGGCGUCGCAGUACAUUGUUUGUCUUAACGCUCCAGAUCAUGUCUGGGCAGAGGAAAGGUGCUGCAGCUCGCCUCCCUAAAUGCGCCUUCUGUCGAACCAGCAGGGAAAAAGACUGUGGGCAGCUGCUAGUGUCUGAUAGCCAGAAGGUGGCAGCCCACCACAAGUGCAUGCUUUUCUCCUCUGCUCUGGUGUCAUCACACUCAGAUAAUGAAAACAUUGGAGGAUUUUCUGUUGAAGAUGUCAAGAAGGAGAUCAAAAGGGGAAACAAAUUGAUGUGUUCGUCAUGUCACCGGCCGGGUGCUACUAUUGGCUGUGAUGUGAAUACGUGCCGGAGGACUUACCACUAUUACUGCGCUGUAAAGGACAAAGCCCAGGUUAAAGAGAAUGCGUCACAAGGAACUUACCUAGUUUACUGCCGCAAACAUCGGGAUGCUUCUCGAGAUGGCAUCGAAGACGAAGAGGAAGGUGUGGCCAAUGACUCAGACUCCUCACCACCACAAAAUAGGGGCAGAGGAAGAUUUGAGAAGGGCAGAAGCAAGGUUCGUGGCCAGUCAGAAGACACCCGCUCCACCUCCUCCCAGGCUGCAGACGAGGAGACUUCCUCACAUCGGGAGAGGUCACCUCUUCGGGCCAGUCCGGCUGAUGGCGGGCAGCGCUGUGGAUUCUGCCAUGCUGGUGAUGAAGAAAACGAAACGAGAGGCGUGCUUCAUACUGAUAACUCCAAAAAAGUGGCUGCUCACUACAAAUGCAUGCUUUUUUCGUCUGGGACAGUUCAGCUGACCACCACGUCACGGGCAGAAUUCGGGAACUUUGAUGUGAAAACCGUAAUCCAAGAGAUAAAGAGAGGGAAAAGAAUGAAAUGCACACUUUGCACCCAGCUGGGUGCAACCAUUGGGUGUGAGAUCAAAGCCUGUGUGAAGACUUACCACUAUCACUGCGGUCUGCAGGACAAAGCAAAGUACAUUGAGAACAUGGCACGCGGAAUCUACAAACUGUAUUGUAAGAACCACAGUGGCAAUGAGGAACGGGAUGAGGAAGAUGAAGAACGAGAGAAUCGCAGUAGAGAAAGAGCAGCGAUCGACCACGGAGGUACACCGUCAAUGCAAGUGAAUGGCAACUAGUUACAAUGUUUGACCGGCGUGCAAACGGUAAAACUUGUCGGGGGAGCUAUGCGUUUUUCUACAAAGUCUCAGCCUACUCUCAAAGCUGUGGUCUUUAGUUUCCCAUCAAUUGUCCUCAGCACCUCGCCCUCCCAAAUAAAUGGAUGCCAUGCAUUGAGACUAGAUGAGCUUUUCACGCACUGGUGAUACCCACAGAGCAUGGACUCGUGCAAAAUUGUGUUGAAAAGCCAAAGGUUAACUUUCACAAGAGAGUCAUGUGGACAUAUCUUCAACCGUUUUCUGCUACUUGUCAUGACUGAAGUUCUCAUUGCCACCCCACAGACUACUGCACUUGAUGAAACCAUAUUCUUCCUUUUCCCUCACUGCAAUACCUGUCACCAGUCUCUCCCAAGUUGUGCAGUUUUAUCAUUUUGUUUUGUUCAUCAUAUUUUUCGAAAUCUCUUCAUGUUAGCCUUUCUUUCUUGAUACGUAACACAUUUGCUACUGUGUAAUCAUCGUGAGUAAUUUUGAAUGUGUGGAUUUCUGAUGGUCACAAGUCCAAGUUUUACUGGCAUGCACUUGCAUUUGUCCACAUUUAAUGGUGGAUUCUUGUUUUUCUGUUUAGCCGCAAAAGAGCUCAGUACACAGCUCUUCAGGAAAGUUGGCUUGACUUUGGUGUGAUGUUACAUGUAUCUCUACAAAUAUAUCCAAUCAUUUUUGGAAAUAGAAAAUGUUUUGUAUUUUACAUGUUUACUGAAAAAAAAUGUGGUCUUCUUAUUUGAGUGUUUGGAGAAAAAAAAACUUUUCAUGUAGCUGGUAACUCGAUGCUCCGCUUCCAAGAGAGGAAUGUCACACCAGCCAAAGUAUCAUGAAGUCACUGUGUAUCUUUGUGAAUUUAGUUUUACAUUCUUGAAUCUGACUGAAGCUUAUCAUGCUCACCUGGAACAUUCAUUCUGCCUUUUUAGUAUUUUCAAUAAAUUGAUUUGUGCAUUUAAUUCAUGUAAAUGCACAGAUGUCUCUUUGCA